AUGGCGUCCGCCGGAAUCAGCAGCAUGGGGAAUGGCAAGGCCGUGCGUGCGCUGCUCGCCAUCGUCGCCGUCAUCGCCGGUACGCUCCGUCAUUCGCUCCGCUCUCUCGCCCCGCGCUCUCAUGCGCCAUCGUGCUCACGCCGUCAUGCGUUCAAUGCACCACUCGACAGCGCGCACACGCGAUGGAUGCCCAACGAACUCGCUCCUUCGUCCGUGCCCCUCCCAUGCCACAUGCCGCUCCCUUGCAGCGUGUCUCCCCCAGCCGUCGCAAGCAGCAGCAGCAGCGAGCGUGUCGGUCCCAGUGCCGAUAGGCACGCCGAUGACAAUCAACGGGCGCACAUUCAAAUUCUCGCCGCGCCGCUGUGUCAACCUUCCCGCCAUGUCGCCGUCUCAGAAGGCGCGGGUGGUGGUGCCGUGGCAGCAGGCGAGCAUGUCUGGCAAGGCUAUGUGCCGCGCGAUCUGGUUCUUCCAGGAUCCCGCGUGCAAAGGACAGACGUUGGACGUUUUCGUGAAUGGCCAACAGAGGUGCGCCUUCCAUUCUUGCUCGCCUUGCUUCCAUGCUCCUAUGCUCUUGAUGCCGCUCGUUUGCUCCCCCACCUGAUCAACGAUCGUUGCACUCGUGGCGCCCUCCCUCCCCCUGUGUGCAGUGAGAAGCGCAUCUCCGGUGCAGCAAGGUCCGCCCUCUGCCUCGUAGACAACAUGUGUCGGUAUGCGCGCUGCCCUGCCGGCUCUGACACAUGCACCCCACCCACGGACGACCGCACGGCAGUGACAACCCUCGUGCCUCACUGCAGGCUGCCCUGCCAACUCCGAGUGUGCCAAACGCACCAGUGGCACUGGAAUGGAGUGCAAGUGUAA